AUGGAGACGGAAGAGAGAAGGUUCCAAUCGGAGCGGUUACCUACUUUGUAUGAGGUUUUGACUAACCAGACAGCCGCACCUGUUGAUUCGUGGUCAUUUUAUACGUUUUUGUUUCAGUAUCCUGGGGCUUUGAAUUAUAUGGACUUUUGGGUGGAUGUGAUGGCACAUUUGAGGCUUUGUAAGGACUAUGUGAGGGGGAUUCGGGAGUCUAUGUUGUUAUUGGAGGUUGAGGAGCAACAGCAGCAGCAGAAACACCGGCAGAAGCGGCAUAGCCAGGUGUCGGCGGCCGGGUCAGACGCGGCGGCGGAUAAUAAUAACAACAAUAGAAUGAGUGUUUCCAGCUCGUUAUUAUUGGAUGCCUUAUUGAAUGAUGGGUAUUUGGACUACCAUGAUAAUAAGCGGAUCAGUCAGUUUUUGAAGGGGGAGGCAGAUUCAGAUAGAUUUUCGCAGUUGUUGGAGAACUUGCCUCAUGGGGCUGAGGGAGGAGAAGGUAACAAUAAAGGAUAUGACGGUGAGGAGCCUGGGCACGGUGACUACGCUACGGCGGAGGAUGCACACUUGUCAGUAAUGCUAGAUGAGUAUUUAGUGCGUCAGAUGAAGGAAUCUCAGCGGCCCAAGCUUACUACCAAACAGUUGAUCGCUAGUGCAAAUGCGAUCGUCGAUAGGUAUUUGGUGGCUAAGGAUAACAUGCGUUCCGAGAGACUGCUUACGAGCGUUCCUGAACACAUGCGGCUCGAAGUCAUUAAUAUGGUCAAGGGUGAGCAGCGAUAUGAUCCCGAUGUGUUUGAACCCCUCAAAAUAAUAUCUUUCCAGUUUUUGGAGAUCUAUUGCUUCCCCAAAUUUCUUUCGUCUGUGGCCUUGCACAACUUGCACUACGAUGUCUCACUUACGCAGAAAACAAGGACCUCGCCUUACUCUCAGUGCACCACCUUAUCGAGGGUGGCUACAGGAUUCUUCUUCUGGGGUAUUGGCUUCUGGGUUGGAUACACCUUAAUAUUCCUCGAUUACAACCGUAAAGUCCGUACUGUUACUCUGCUGCCAUUCUUCGUUGGAUGCUACUACAUCGUGUGCGGAAUCUACCACCUUGAUAUCAUUUACGCCAUUUGUGGCGUCACGCAAACUCUGGUGUCUCCAAGAAGAUUUGCAGAACCAGAAUUGGGCCUUAAAAAGUCGAAGACAAACUCCGCAAAAGUGCCUUUGCUUUUCAGCCUCUUGGGAGGCAGAAAUAGACUAACCAAGGUAAGGCAUCCGUUCGUUUUAAACAUCAUGCGCAAACGUGCUUUGUGGUGUCUCUUCCUAGUCCUCGUGACUACCGCUGUCUUGACCACUAUUUUCACAGCUGUGCCAUCUACUAGAUUAUGA